CGAAAGCAAGUUAGUAGCGCUCUGGACACGAUCGAAGCAGGACCUUAUUUUCUCUUUCAAAUUUAAAGCAAUUAAGUGAGAUUGAAGCAAUAAUAAGCAAAAAUGCUUAUCUUGCUCGUGUCGGUGGUGGCCCUCUCGAUUGGACUAGCCAUUUACGUAUAUCAACGAUUCGCGAAUCGUUUGUACCACUCUGCGAAGGUUGGUGGCCCGAAGGCUUACCCUAUCUUGGGAAACUCGAUCCAGUUCGGAACCAAGACUCCGGCAGAUUUUCUCCUGGAAGUGCAAAAAGCGAACAAAGAGUAUGGCAAGGUAUACCGGCUAUGGAUUGGACCGGAUUUGAUUUAUUUAAUAUCAGACGCCAAACUGGUGGAGGGGAUUCUCAGUAGUCAAAAACUGCUGGACAAAGCGAAUCAAUAUGAAUUUCUAAGGCCGUGGCUUGGCAAUGGUUUGCUUACCAGUACCGGGAGGAAGUGGCAUAGUCGACGAAAGAUCAUCACUCCUACAUUCCACUUCAAAAUUCUGGAAGAGUUUGUCGAAAUUUUCGACCAACAGAGUAAUAUCUUCGUUCAACAGUUAAAAACAAAAACUAUCAGUGGUGAAGACUUCGACGUUUUUCCAGUUGUAACACUCUGCGCUUUGGAUGUGAUCUGUGAAUCAGCUAUGGGAACUAAAGUUAAUGCUCAGCUCAACUCGGAAUCGGAAUAUGUGAAAGCCGUAAAGAAUAUGGCGACCGUUGCAACAGCUCGCUCGUUUCAAGCAAUUGCGCGGAUGGAUUUGACUUUCUUCUUCACUCCAUAUCGAAAGAUGCAAAAAGAUGCAUUGAAAGUGCUGCAUGGUUACACUGAUAAAGUCAUUCGGUCACGACGUCAGGAGUUAGCGACGAGCUCCGCCAAAACAGCAAACGAUAACGAAAAUGACGUGGGGAUUCGUAAGAAAGUCGCUUUCCUGGAUAUGCUACUCCAAGCUCAGGUGGAUGGAAAACCGUUGACUGACCAAGACAUUCGCGAGGAGGUUGAUACUUUCAUGUUUGAAGGCCACGAUACGACCACGUCGGCCAUCAGCUUUCUCACAGGAAUCCUAGCAAAGUAUCCUGAUGUUCAACAGAAAGUCUACGACGAAGUGCGAUCCGUAAUUGGGGAUGAUUUGAACGUUCCGGUCACGCUUUCAAUGCUGAAUCAACUGAACUACCUGGAUUUGGUUAUCAAGGAAACUCUGAGAAUUUACCCUUCAGUACCGUUUUAUGGACGAGCUUUGCUAGAAAAUCAAGAAAUCAACGGCAUCACCUUUCCGGCAGGAGCAAAUCUAUUGAUCUUCCCAUACCUUAUGGGUCGUGACGAGGACUACUACGAGGAUCCUCUGGAGUUCAGACCGGAGCGAUUUUCUGUGGAGAAAUCGGCCGCAAAAACCAACCCAUACCAAUACGUACCGUUUAGUGCUGGACCAAGAAAUUGCAUUGGCCAGAAGUUUGCCAUGACGGAGAUCAAGAGUUUGAUCAGCAAACUGGUUCGACACUAUGAGAUACUGCCGCCAAAGCAGUCCAAACCAGAUAGAAUGAUCGCAGAGCUGGUGUUACAUCCGGAAGAUGGGGUUCCGGUGAGGAUCAGAAACCGAGUGAAAUAAUAAUGGAGUAGAUGAUUGUAUCCUAUUAUAGUUGUUACAAUAUAUCAAAAUAUGCUAUAUGUUUGUUUUGUUUAUCGCGCUGCAAAUUUUGAAAUAUUUUCAAUAAUUAGACAUUUAUAAUUCUUAACCUAUAACGACUUUAUUUUUAUUAUUAUUGUCUUUAUUAGGGAGACUUUCAGCCCGAGGCUGGCUCGUCUCCUGAUAACGACUAAUUCAUCAACAAAUAAUGGAGCCCUUCAAAUUGACGAUGCCCCACUAUGGGGAUUUAGGCGGACAUUAAUCGGACAAUCAUUUCCUACGUUUUUCCGAAAGUUGAUACACAGUAUAAGAAAACCCCAAGGCCCCUACGAGUUAUAGUUUUUGAGAUAUUAGUUAUCAAAGUUGAGAAAAGGUAAAAACGCGGGUUUUCUCUUCAAAAUCUCGCUUCACUUCAUACCAGUUUUUGAAAGAUUUUUUUCUGAUAAGAUACCAAGGUUAUUAUAUAGCAUUGUAAAGAUAAUUGAAGGAGCUUUCAUACCGUAAUAACAAAAAAAUGUCAAAAUACAAACAAAACAAUGAAA